GUUGCCAGUCUAUUACAUUAAUCAAGUUUAUUAAUUGCUGAUGAUGGGUACCAGUAUCUGGCCUUUAGUUUAUCUACAUUUCAGACGUCGGCAUGAUUUACCAGGGUGCUAAACACCGCCGGAGUUGGGGACUGAAGGAUCCUCAGUGUGUUGAAUUCAGUUUUGUGGUUGUGUUUUCGUGAAGGUACGAAUGACCAAGAACUUUACUUAUAGAGUCUAGAUGGACAAUUUGAAGCUGUGCACAAUGUGUGAAUGGAGCUCUAAAGGAAACAACAGACAGGUAUAUGGUUGGACUUGUGUUAGCAAAUAAUGAGCAAGGACAGGAGAACUGCAAACGUUUAAUACUGCUGCAGUGAUCACGUAUAGUUUGCACCAGAGGAGGAAGUUAUUACAAAGGACAUUGUUCCCUUACAGGAACAUAAUUGACAACACACGAAAUCUCGUAGCUCAACAUUGCAGUUGUAAAAAUGGGCGUCUGUGUGCUUUCUCGGCCGCAAGUUAAGGAAUAUGAUAUCCCGAACGAGGAAUAUCCCUUUGAGAAAGGCAACUCUCAUUCGAUUGACCUUGUUUUGAAAAACUCGAAAUUCCUUAACCAUCGCUAUAAAGGGGAUAAUGAUCCUUUACGGAAAGUUGAUCAGAAGAACAGAGAACUUCUUCAAGAGGCUGAAAAACGAUUACAAGGUGAAAAAUCAACGAUCAAGGAAAACCUUAAAUUGCGUAUCAAACUGUAUGACAUUGAAGACCACACGACCAGUCGUGUGAAAUAUAUCGAUCUAGUAUCCGGAAAACGUGAAAAUGAUAUAGAAUGUCAUCGUCAAGGGGAUGGAUCUAUAAGCUGGAAGUAUAAAAAGGUUGGAAGCAGAGCAGACCAAGAUGAGGAAUAUACAUUUGAUGAGAUAAAUGUGUCGAAGAUUAGCCAGAUUUUGAAUGAAUCAAAGUUCCUAGGAGCGCAGUGUCAUCGAGAUUCCGUAGGCCGCGAUGUUCGAGAAAAGAUGGGAAAAGCUUGGUUUGACCAGAAAAACUGUAAACUUUACUAUAGAGUUAGAAAACAAGGAAGAUGAUAUCAAUAUCCCUAUCAAACGCAUCAUCAUGCAAGCGGGAAAUGGUGAAGAUGAAAUACAUAGCUCAAGUGGCAAUCCUUGGCAAGUUUUGAAAAGCAGUGAUAUACAUAAAGCUGCUAAUGUAGGUCAAUCGUUCGUGGACAGCGUCACAAGCUUAUGGAAAUGGAAAUAGACAAUAAAUGAAACUGAAGUUGAAAUUAUAAUUCUUUCAUUCAGUAAGAGUAUUUACCAGAUGAUAAAAAGAAGAAGGAACCAGGGUUUUAAGAUCAAUCAUGACAGUUCUUUACUAUUCAAUCAUUUCUUUGUUUUAAGGUCUUGUGUAGAGUAUCACGACAACUGUAUCAUCAGUGAACUCAGUGUAGUAAGAAUUAUACAGCUACAGUGCAUCAAAGGGCCUGCAAUUCUUUUAUUUACUUCAAUUUCACAGUUAGAUGUCAUUAUUUUAUUAUUGUGUUUCACAGAUAUCUUUGUUCUCCUAUCGCAUUUUGUUUCUAUCAGAA